GACGCACCGAGGCCCGCGCUCCUAGUCACUCCUCCCGGCCUCGGCACGCUUGUCCCGGGGAGCGGCCCGCGUACGCUGCAGCCGCCGCCGGCGCGGAACUUGGGCUUGGGAAGCCGGCGGACCGCGUCCUGCGCCGGAGCAGUUCAGCGCCAGCACCCUCAAACUCACGGAAACACAGCAUCCCGCAACGGCCGCCACUGUAGGCCCCAGGGAAGCAGGUGGCGCUCUCUGGAGUCAGGUCUGGGGCCAGAAGACUUGGUGAGCAAAAACGGGGGUUCAGCCAGAACUGCCAGUGUUGUGACCUUGGGAGGCAGUCACUUCUCUGUCUGCCUCAGUUUCCUCGCUUUAGCGGCAGCCAUUGCUAUGAUAGGAAAGCACCCCUGACGCUGCCCUGCCUGUCCAGAAGACCCGUGGUGGAAGUGGGAGUUCCUGACCGUCUCAGCUAGCGGCUGGGGCAUGGUCUAGCGGCCUGGUCAGGAGGCGGAAACACGCCCCGGAGGUUCUGACCCACUCCCUCUCGGCCUCCGCCUGAUCCCUGGUGUAAGUCGCCGCCAGCAGCCAUGGGCAAGCAGAACAGCAAGCUGCGGCCUGAGGUGCUGCAGGACCUGCGGGAGAACACGGAGUUCACCGACCACGAGCUGCAGGAGUGGUACAAGGGCUUCCUCAAGGACUGCCCCACCGGCCAUCUGACUGUGGAUGAGUUCAAGAAGAUCUACGCCAACUUCUUCCCCUAUGGCGACGCCUCCAAGUUCGCCGAGCACGUCUUCCGCACCUUUGACACCAACGGCGAUGGCACCAUCGACUUCCGGGAGUUCAUCAUUGCGCUGAGCGUGACCUCCAGGGGCAAGCUGGAGCAGAAGCUCAAGUGGGCCUUCAGCAUGUACGACCUGGACGGCAACGGCUACAUCAGCCGCAGCGAGAUGCUGGAGAUUGUGCAGGCCAUCUACAAGAUGGUGUCCUCGGUGAUGAAGAUGCCGGAGGACGAGUCCACCCCGGAGAAGCGCACGGACAAGAUCUUCAGGCAGAUGGACACCAACAACGAUGGCUGUGCUGAGCAGUCCCCUCGCCUGCCUGCCCUCCGUCAGGAGGAGCCCCUGGAAUCUUCAGCAGCUCCCUGGCAUCUCAGCAGCCCUCCAGGUAAACUGUCCUUGGAAGAAUUCAUCAAAGGUGCCAAGAGCGACCCCUCCAUUGUCCGCCUGCUGCAGUGCGACCCCAGCAGCGCCAGCCAGUUCUGAGCGAGCGGCCCAGACAGUGCAGAGGAACAUAGGCUUGUCAUGCCGUUUACGCUUUGCUUGCAAGAGUGGAUGCCCCUCCAGUCGCCUGGUCUCCCCGCCCCGGGCCUGGGCCACGCAUCGCACCUGCCCGGCCCGGCGGCUGCGCCUCCCUCCUCCGCCUGACCAGUGAGACAUUCCUCCCCUCACACCCGGCCCGGUCCCUUCCAGGGCAGCUCCCAGGGAUGUGAUGACAUGCAAGAUUCAAGUGUUCUUGGUUCCAGGCACCUCCCGGCUCACAGGGAGACCAGGCAGCUUGUGCAUUCUGUGAUCCCAAGUGACUCCGUGGGAAGGGUGGGGACGAGGCGUUGGGAGGGUAGACAGGGAGCCCCUCCCGUGCAUGGCUGCCCCCGUUCAUUUUCUCCACCACAGCCGCUUGCACAUAUAGAUCCUGUGGUCCCUUCCUUUAAUAUAUAAAUGAUGUAUGGUGAAGUGAAAUGUAAUGUGUAGGUCCCGUAUUUAAUGCCUCUAACUGCCUUUGAAGCGUGGCCCCCUGUGGCCCGUGGCCCCCAAGCCUGGCUGUUGUGUGGUAUUUAUGCUCUCUCCGUCUGCCUGUUUCUAAGGAAAUGCAUGCGUGCCCUGAGCCGUGGUGACCCUCCUGUCCGUGUCGUGAAUGCGGGCAUUUGUGUCUGGUCUGUCCUCCCUGUUGAUUGGUCUGGCAUUUCUGGUAUUAAAAUGAUAAAAUAAA